UGGUUUGUUUACAAACAUUCAAACGUCACACAUGACAAGCCUAUCAGGCGCAGAUUCCGCUUCGGUGUUUUUUGCUUGUGAUCGGCAAAUGCGAUUUUCCUGCACGGCGCUUUUCCAACUUACCGUGCCGAAAUGUUACCUUCAAAGCGAGAUAGGCAAUCGGGCAAUAUUUACAGAAUUCGCCAAAGAAUUGAAAGGCAACUGGACCGAGAAUACGAAGCUGAAAAAGCUCGAAUGCCGAUCAAAAUCGAAUCCGAUUCCGACGAUGAGCUGGAUAGUGUCACCAACGCCGACCCAUUCCUACUGCCCAGCCUCAAGAUGACCUGCUCCGACAGCGAAGAUUCAGCGCCCGUUGGUUCCACUUCCCAGCAGCCGGACCACUUCGAGGAUCCCGUAAUGUCAACGGUGUUUGGAUUGGGGAACGAUAGCGCACCGAGCGAACUGACGAUGGCACCGAUUUUUGAACAUGUUCCGGCAGUUAUCGAAACAAAUAGCCACGAUUGACAAAAAAAUCGGACCGUCUCCAUCAGCAGGUAGCGAACGUAAUGGACCGAUUGGGGACGAGUCGAGAAAAAGGUAGGCGUUGCGUUGGUGACGCUGGAUCAGGUGAAGGAUACGGUGGUCCUGAACACGGACCAGGUGGUAAUCGAUAAUCCGCUUGGUUUGGAUUUCAUUCGAAUCAGCAACGCAGACGAGCUCACGAAGUUUGAACAGCAGCUCGGGGAGGAUGAAGAAUUUUACUCCAUUGGUUAAAACGUGGAUCACAUCGCAGUUGAAAAAAAAUGAUCCGCACAGCCGAAUGCACGAUACGAUCGAUUUGCUGUUCGAUCGAAAGUUUUUCGCCGAAUGCACCUGGGGCGGUAGAGGCACGCUGAAGGUAUGCUUUUCCGAUCGGAAAUACGUGCAUAGACUGUUUAAAGAUAUCGGUAGCAAUGCGUUUGUGACGCUGACUGAAAAGACCGUCAAAGAGUUCCUGAUACUGAAGUUGCGGAAUGCUAAGUCCAGGGUGUUUUUGAAAGACCUGCGAAAAAGUACAAGCAAAAAACGAAGGCGCUACCUGCUAGGCGUAAGCUCUGGUGAGCAAGUGUAGAUGAGUAAUAGUAGGACAGGUAAACAGAAGGACAGGUUGAUUGCUCGAUUGACUGACAUUCCGGCAGGUGUAGGUCAAACAGCUCCCAUCCAACGUGCCAGAACUCUUCAGCUUCUGGUCCGCCAGGACUCUACGUGUAAAAUCAAAACAAACGAAGCCAGAAACGACGGACUGAGACCUCUCGUGGUUAAAGCGCCAAAGAAGAAGAGCGGUGAGAAAGUGCCCUUGAAGUCGAUCAAAUCUUCCCCUAUCUCGCUCUCUAUCUCGGGUCGUAAGUCAAUAUUACCAGCUACAUACGUGUUGAGAUACAUGCAAGAGCGACG